AUGUCAUUCCGCUUCCUUCUUACCUUUCUCAUCGCCGCUCUUCCAUCUGCCACAAAUGCCCUUCCGCCAUCAACUUCAUACGACUUGAUAGGUUACUGGGGCCAAAAUCUGGCAAAAAAUCAGUAUCGAUCUGUAGCAGACUACGAACCCCCUUUGGCAACAUUAUGCCAAACCACAAAUUACACCAUCUACCAUAUCUCGUUCAUGUACCUUCACUUUGAUGCUACGGGGUUGUCCGGCAUUGACUUGGACUACCACUGCCAAUGGCCUACAAAUAAAUUCAAUGGGUACCCGAAUCCGACAAAAGGGAUUAAUGUCCUCAAUUGUCCUGAUGUGGGCAAAGAUAUUGCGGUAUGUCAGGCGUUAGGAAAAAAGGUGAUGAUUUCUAUAUCUCCGCAAGAUUACCUAUCCUCUCAAGAUGAUGCCAUAAGGUCUGCCACAAACGUGUGGAAUCUCUUCCUAGGUGGAUCCUCCACCUACCGGCCUUUUGGCAGUGUCGUUCUCAACGGCAUUGAUUUGCGGAUAUGGAACAACGACCCAAAUCCACAGUACUAUACUACAUUCAUCUCAAAAAUAAAAGAGUUUAUGAAUGCGGAUACAGGGAGAAAAUAUUAUAUCGGAGGAACAACCCUUUGCCAAUAUCCCGACGUUCUUCUUGGGGGUUCAAACAGACCAUCCACACCCCUCGCAACCAUUCCAACGCUCUUUGACUACCUAUCACCCUACUUCAUCUCUUCACCAAAUAUUUGCGGCUGGAAAGGGAAUAACGCUGGCUUCUGGUCCUUUAUCAAUCAAUGGUCCGCCUUUAUUGCGAGUUUUACUCCGAAUACGAAACUCUUUGUGGGUCUCCCAAGCUGGUAUACACCUGAAUGGGUAAAUGCUGCAGCUGGAGAUUACAUACCACCCAACGAACUAUACGAUAUGAAUGUCAUACCGACACUAAAGAAUCUAACGGGAUUCACGGGAUUUUCUCUAGUGGACACUUCAUUUGACGUUCAUAACCUGCCAUGCUCCAACUUUCCCAACCGUCGGUUUUCAGACGUCUUGAACGGCCAACUCUUGUUGGAUGCCUCUGCCGCUGGAGUAAAUACUCCUGCUGAUCAAAAAUGCCAGUUCAGAAAUCAGACUGUAGGAGGGACAACCGCAACGACAACCACAAAAAGCAGCAGUACAGUCAUUAGAGAUGAUAACAAAUCAUGCAUCUUCUUGGGAACAUGUCCAGACUCUUCUGGAUGGGGAAUCGGAGCGGGGAUGACUGUCUUUAGUCUAAUGGCGCCAGCAUUGUUGAUAGUCAUAAUGGGUGCUUUCUUUUGA